AUGCGCCGGGAGUUCCAGGUAGCCAAAAAUGCUGCUAUUAUUACCAUGGUAUUUAUUGUGUGUAGUGUCCCAUUCAAUAUCAUACAUUUUAACUCCGAUGAAAGGACUUUUGACUUUAAAUAUUUAGUUCAUUGGGAAGUUUCACUUUGGAUUUUACUUAUUAAUUCAACACUCAAUCCCAUAAUCUAUGAUUAUAAGGAUAUUAACCACUUUUAA